UUCGUUAGAUUAUCUCUCGUACCAAGUUGUCUUUGUUUCCUACUUUAAGAGAAAUGGCGAUGAUCCCGAGUUUCUUCGGCAACAGAAGGAGCAGCAUCUUCGAUCCUUUCUCGCAUGAUGUUUGGGAUCCAUUAAAGGACUUUCCUUUAUCUUCUUUACUCACCACCAGCCAAACCUCCGAUGUCUCUGCAUUUGUCAACGCCCGAAUCGACUGGAAGGAGACCCCAGAAGCUCACGUCUUCAAGGCUGAUCUUCCUGGGCUUAAGAAAGAUGAAGUGAAAGUGGAGAUUGAAGAAGACAGGGUACUUCAAAUCAGCGGAGAGAGGAAUGUUGAGAAGGAAGACAAGAAUGAUACUUGGCACCGGGUUGAACGUAGCAGUGGGAAGUUUACGAGGAGAUUCCGGUUGCCUGAGAACGUGAAAAUGGAUCAAGUGAAAGCUUUCAUGGAAAACGGGGUUCUUAAUAUUACUGUUCCCAAGGUGGAAGUGAAGAAACCUAACGUCAAAGCCAUCGAAAUUUCUGGUUAAAUUGGAACUUGCAUA